UUCAUGAUGAUGGAAUUUUUCCUCCCCACGAUGGAAAGGAAGAGGCUCUUCCUCAGCCUCCUGCUCUGCUACAGCUUGCUCAGAGCUGCUGAUUCCCACAUGGUCACUGAGGAGAAGGCAGAAUGCAACCUGUCCAGGAGCAGCAGAAUGGAUCUCUCAGAUCUCCCACCCAUCUCCAUAGUAGAUUUAACUAGAAGAUCCCAGAAAGUCAGCAGGAAAGAGGCAGAGAACAAGAAAUCUUCCAAGAAAAAUGCUGAACGCAAGACACCUCCGAAACCAAGGCCCCCACCAGCUGCCAACUGUGUGCCAACCUUCAAACCCUGCAAACCACACCUGAAUUCCUGCUGUAACUACUGUGCUUUGUGCAAAUGCCGAAUCUUCCAGACAAUCUGCCAGUGCCUAAUGUUAAACCCCAAGUGCUAAGCCAA